AUGGGGGUGGCGCGAGGGCUCCUGUUGAUGUCCAUCCCAGUCCUUCUGGUGUCUUUGAUCUUGGCGCCUUACCCGAAGCUGGUACUUGGCACAUGGUUGGGACGCUGGGUCGAGAUAGGCCAGGCUUUAGCGAAGAUCUUCGUCUUCAUGGUGUGUGUGGACGUCACUCGGGUGCACCCGCAGUUCGAUACCCUGGAGUAUGUCACCUCAGAGAUGAGGGCUGCUUCGAGCAGCCUGACGACUGCGGACGCACGCUUAGAGAAGGUCAUCAACUUAGUCGAUGACUAUGGCUGGAACCGGGGCUUUCUGAUCAAUGUGGGCGAUGUCAAAGGCCAGGUCUUAGACCAGGCGCUGCGCGCGCGGAGGCGCGAUCCGCAGCCGCUGCAGCUGGCAGUUGAGCUUGGGACCUUCGUGGGCUAUGGCACCCUUCGGAUGGCCCGUGUGCUGAAUGGUAGCUCCACACUCAUCACCGUGGAUCCAAGCGUGAUGUCCUAUGCCAUUGCGAGCAGCCUCUACGAGCAAGCCGGUGUCCGAGAUCAAAUUACCAUGAAGAAAGAUUUCUCCUACAAUACCUUCCGGGAGCUGAAGCUACAGGGAAAGAAGAUCGAUGCCCUUUUCAUCGAUCAUGUGAAGAAGUUCUACCUCUCUGAUUUGAAGCUGGCUUUGCAACUGGAUCUCUUGGCCCAAAACUGCGUGGUGGUGGCCGACAACAUCCUGUCGCCUGGCGCGCCGGACUACAAGAGUUUCAUGUUCUCAGAGGAGGGCCGCCAGCUGUUCAAGACUGAAGUGCACCAGCUGCACGUGGAGUACAUGCCCACCUGGCCAGAUGAAGUGCUUGUGAGCACGUUUUUGGGCGCAAGUUAG